GGAGUGCAUGUUUUGGUGUGUUGGGGGGGGGGGUGAUGUGCAAGAGAGAGAGAGAGGCAGGCGAGGCAGGACGUGAAAAGUCACAAUUUCACUUCCUGUGUGCCAUUUCUUCCUCUCCGCGGCUCUUUUGGGAAGGAGAGAGAGAGUGUGUGUGAUUUUGGGUUGGGCUGAGAGACUUCAGAGAAGUGUGACUAGCCCAAGGUCACCCAGGAGCUGCAUGUGGAGGAGCGGGGAAGCGAACCCGGUUCACCAGAUUAUGAAUCUAUCGCUCUUAACCACUACACCACACUGAAAAGCUGUGCUGUCUGAUUUCUGGGGAUCAGAACUGUCUUCAAGGAAGAGGAGCAGGCCAGGGAGCCAGGACCUCCUGUUCAGCCCCCUCUGUGAUCGUGCACGAGAGGCUUGCACCAGGGAUGAAAAUGGAGGAACCAAGCCAAGCAGCCCCCAAACCGGUGGAGGGAGCAGAGAGUGUGAGGAGACCCCACCAGAGGGGCUGCAUCCGGGAAUUCCUGCAAAAGAUGCCGUCCCAGCACCAAGUGAAAGAGGAAGGAGGGGAAGGGAUCCUUCAGCGCUGGGAAGUCCAGUGGCAGGAGUUCCUGAAGGAAGUGGAGUCCCCUCACGUGGGUUGGGGGGUCCCGCAGCCGCCAGAGGAGCCCACCCCCUGGGAUGAUACCAAGGCCUUCUUUGCCUCCUUCGAGCAAGUGGCGGAAGCCUGCCGGUGGCCCCGGGAGGAGUGGGCAGCCCGGCUCUCACCAGCCCUCAGCGGAGAAGCCGAGCGGGCCUUCCACAGGCUGGAGGGCCAGGACAGAGAGGAUUAUGGGAAAGUGAAGGCGGCCAUCUUGCGCGGGGAUGCCAUCAGCAGGGAGACGAACCGCCAGUACUUCCGGCGCUUCUGCUACCGGGAAGCCGAGGGGCCGAGAGGGGCCUACAGCCGCCUCCAGGAGUUCUGCCGGCGGUGGCUGAAGGUGGAGAGGCACUCCAAGGAGCAGAUCCUGGAGCUGCUGAUCCUGGAGCAAUUCCUGACCAUCCUGCCUCCAGAGAUCCAGAGCUGGGUCAGGGAACGGGGGCCAGAGACCUGCUCCCAGGCAGUGGCCCUGGCCGAGGACUUCCUGCUGAGGCAGCGGGAGGCAGAGCAGCCAAAACCUCAGGUAAGCGUGCCGUUUGAGGAGGUGGUCCUGAGUUUCUGCGAGCCGGGGCUGGUUCCUUCUGAACCUGUCCACCGGCAGAUGCGCCGGGAGACCAAGCAGGAAGCUGACCAUGGAGAGGCCCUCUUGACAGGAGCUAAAGGGUGGACGAACCUCAACAAAACGGAGAGGUACGCCCCGGAAGAUCGCGAGCAUCUGUCACCACGUGGGACGUCGGUUUGGGGCGCAGGAGAAGAAGUUUCCUGUUUCCCCGAGCAGGGAAACGCUCUGGGUGGGCACCAGGAAGCGGACUCGGAGCGAGAAGUUGGUGUGUCUGUCCCGUUUGGGGGCACAUUCCAUGAUCUGAAUGAGGAUGCACAGCAGCGGAGGAGUCACACUGGUGUUUGGCAGGCAAGUGAGAACGGAGAGAGCCCCAGUCACCAGGAAACCUCUGACCAGCUGGAUCAACCACAUGGGAAGUCUCCAGGAGGUGUUACAGAAGAGGACCUCUGUGAGGACCACGCCAAAGCCUCUGGGGAUCCUCGUAGGCCGCAGAGGCAGUCCGGGAGCAAACCCGUUCCUUGCGGAAUAGGCAAGAAGGUAUUUGCUGGAACUUUGCCAGAGCAUAAGCCCAAGAGCUGCGUCGUGAUCGGCAAGGCACUGAAAAACUCGGGCCUCUUCAAGCAGGAGAAGAACUGCGACGGGGCCAUGACGUACCAGUGCACAGAGUGCGGUGAGAGGUUCACUCACAAGAAGCACAUGAUCGGCCACCGCAGAGUCCACAAAGGGAACACGCUGUACGACUGCUCUGCGUGCGAGAAGAGCUUCGUCUGGAUGUCGGACCUCACCCGACACCAGAGAAUCCACACCGGGGAAAAGCCGUACACCUGCUCCCUCUGUGGGAAGAAGUACGGCUCGCGCUCGGGCCUCAUUCAGCACAGUCACAGCCACGCGGGCGAGAAGCCCCACCAGUGUCCCGACUGCGGGAAGGGGUUUGUUUGCAAGUCGCACCUCACCCGGCACCAGCGGGUCCACCUUGGCAGGAAACUCUACGCUUGCUCCGAGUGCGGCGAAAGCUUCUGCCAGAUCUCGCUCCUCAUGCUGCACAAAAGAAGCCACGCCGAAGAGAGCCCGGCGGAGGUCGGGCUCUCAUCCUGAACCUCUGGAAUAUACCAAGAUUCCACUGUCCCCUUUGAACCGUUUGCAGUCAUGCAUUUUCUUGUGUCGCUUCUCAAUUUCAAAUAAUCAGCCUCGGAAGGAAAGCGCUCUGCGGUUUUUGUAAUUUAAAAGGUUAGGCCACACUUCGGAUUUAUGCCGUGAAGCAGGGGUGGGGAACCUCCAAUGCAGGUCAAAAAACGGCCCCCCUGGGUAUCUCCAAGUGGCCCUCAGAACACGCCCCAGUCAACAUCCUUCACUGGCAUCUCCUCAGGUGUUUUUACUAGGCUGGCGUGCAGCCUUGAACUCCAAUAAGGCCUCUUGCCUGCCUGCAGGAUGUAUGUAAAAACCUGCCCACAUACCAGUGCCAUGUGGCCACCAAAAGAUUCCCCAGCGGUGAAUGUGGCCCUCAGCCUCAAAAAUGUUCUCCACCCCUGCUUUCAAGCUCCUUCCGGCAAGGACCUCCCCACCUCCCAAUAUUAUUUUAUGAAUGCAAAAGAACCCUAGAUAAACCUGUAUACCUGGAUGGAGUUGUAAAAAGUUAUAAUAAAAAUAAUAAACCCCAAAACUGGAUUUGUGGCUGAAAUGCAACGGCAGAGAUGGGAGUCGUAUCACCACAUGUAUACUGCAGGUAUGGCUCUUAAUGAAAAGUUAGCUUGUUAGAGGAGUGACUUGAAUAAAGCAGAUGGAGUCCAGAGCAAAAAGACUGUAUUUUAUCAAGUAAACUGAACAGGAGCAGGGUAUAAUUUGAGGAGCAAUAAGCAGAGGGUUUUGUUUUGGUCAGGCCUUGUACAUAGCAGGAAGACAUACAAUGACAGGGGGGGGAACUCCCUCAGAAUCGCACAGCCAAUCAGAGCACGUGUUAUCUCAGCAAAGAUCAUGGCUGGUUGCUAAGCAACACCUCUGCAACCACUUGGUUAACUGACUGUGGGGGGGGGGGUAAUUAACCCUCGGGUGACUAACUGAAUGAUCCCUGCUGUUACACAUUUGACAACCUGCUCUGACAAACUCGUUCUCCGCAUUGGUGGUCAGAAUCGCCACCAAGCCCAGCAUUCUGUCUCCAACUGAGGCCAGUCAGAUGCAUCCAGGAACCUUUCUUCACUGUUUGUCGCUCGGCAGCUGUCAUUCAACGGUACACUGCCUCUGCAUAUGGAAGUUCUCUUUGGACUCUUGCAACGUAUAGCCAACGCUAGGCAGACUGCCCGGCCCCAUCAAUUUACCCCAUCUUUUUUUUAAAAGUAAGCAAUCCCUGUAUUUCUGGCAGCAAACCACAUUACUAAGUUUGUCAUUGGUAUGAGCUUUUGUGUGCAUGCACACUUCUUCAGAUACACAACUUGAAUAAAAUAUUAGGGAGGGCAGGUAAACCCUGCCCCAAAUAAUUGAUCACAUGACACGGUGCACGCACACCAUUUGAAUGGCAAUGCCCAUCAAUUUUGGGGGUCCCAGUCCCCUCAAAUAUUUUAUUGGGGUGACCA